AUGGCAGGAAAAGUGAAGUGGGUCACUGACAUCGAGAAGUCGGUGCUGAUAAAUAACUUUGAGAAGAGAGGAUGGGUCCAAGUGACAGAAAACGAGGACUGGAAUUUCUACUGGAUGAGCGUGCAGACCAUCCGCAAUGUCUUUAGUGUCGAAACUGGCUACCGGCUCUCAGAUGAUCAAAUAGUCAACCAUUUCCCGAACCACUAUGAGCUGACGCGGAAGGACCUGAUGGUGAAGAACAUCAAGAGAUACAGGAAGGAGCUGGAGAAGGAAGGGAGCCCACUGGCGGAGAAGGACGAAAGCGGGAAGUACCUCUACCUGGACUUUGUCCCCGUCACCUACAUGCUGCCCGCCGACUACAACCUGUUCGUGGAGGAGUUCCGGAAAAGCCCCUCGAGUACCUGGAUUAUGAAACCCUGUGGCAAAGCCCAGGGAAAGGGCAUCUUCCUGAUCAACAAGCUCUCACAGAUCAAGAAGUGGUCCCGGGACAGCAAAACAUCUUCGUUCAUGACUCAGUCCACCAAGGAAGCCUACGUGAUCUCUCUGUACAUUAACAACCCAUUACUAAUCGGCGGCAGGAAGUUCGACCUGCGCCUGUAUGUUCUGGUGUCUACGUACCGCCCACUGCGCUGCUACAUGUAUAAACUUGGAUUUUGCCGCUUCUGCACAGUGAAGUACACCCCGAGCACCAGUGAGCUGGACAACAUGUUUGUCCACCUCACCAACGUCGCCAUUCAGAGGCACGGGGAGGACUACAACCACAUCCACGGGGGCAAGUGGACCGUGAACAACCUGCGGCUCUACCUGGAGAGCACCCGAGGCAAGGAGGUGACCAGCAAGCUGUUCGACGAGAUCCACUGGAUCAUCGUGCAGUCCCUGAAGGCCGUGGCGCCCGUGAUGAACAAUGACAAGCACUGCUUUGAGUGCUACGGCUAUGACAUCAUCAUCGAUGACAAGCUGAAGCCCUGGCUGAUCGAGGUCAACGCGUCCCCAUCCCUCACCUCCAGCACUGCCAAUGACCGAAUCCUUAAGUACAACCUGAUCAACGACACCCUCAACAUCGCGGUCCCUAAUGGUGAAAUUCCAGACUGUAAAUGGAACAAGUCACCCCCAAAGGAAGUCCUCGGCAAUUAUGAAAUCCUGUAUGAUGAGGAGCUGGCGCAGGGCGACGGGGCUGACCGAGAGCUGAGAAGUCGGCCGGGCCAGUCGCUGGGGCCCAAAGGGAGCCGAUUGAGAGAUGCCGGGAGGACCGUCCUCACCACCUGGAAGUGA